ACUGACGGACCGAGGCGAACAUGGCAGCAGCGGAUGGAAACGUGACAGAACGAGCAGAACGUGAUGAGGAGGCCAAGCUGCAGAUGUUAAAAGGUGCAGCCUUCCUCACCACGGUGGCGUCUGCAGGGAUGAUCGCAGGGUUUGGCUCCACGUUGGCGCUGGCCAAGAAAAAAAGCCCGGGCUGGUUUAGUAAGGGCGUAGCAGCGACGGCGGCGGUCCCGGAGAGCGGGGCCUCUCUGGCCCUGCGUGCUCUGGGGUGGGGCUCUCUGUUCGCCUGGUGUGGAGUCGGUCUGCUCAGCGUCUCCGUGUGGAAAGUCCUCGGAGUUCACAGCUUAUCAGAGUUCAGACAGAAGAUGCAGUCCUUCUUCCCGACAAUCCCAAAGACCUCCACUGGAUCAGAACCUCUGGACUGGGACUCUGUCUUCAAGUCAAAGUGACCUCCUGGUUCUGGAUCUCUGGACUGGGACUCUGUCUUCAGGUCAAAGUGACCUCCUGGUUCUGGAUCUCUGGACUGGGACUCUGUCUUCAGGUCAAAGUGACCUCCUGGUUCUGGAACCACACGGGAGGCGUUGUGUUCUUCUUCUCUGGUGGUUUUAAAAGUUGUGAAGCAGAACUCCUUCGAUUCUGAGCCGAUCAGAAACCGGCGUCGUGACGGACUGAAGCGGUCCAGUCUGGGUCCAACAUGCUGGGUUCAUAAAGGGUCAAAGGUCACCGUGAUGCUCUUUACAUUUUGGUGCACUUGUUUCGCUCAGCAGGACACCCUGCCUGGCGGGUGGAGUUGGUGACUAAAAUAAAGUGCAAAAAGGAAUCAGAAGUUCAUUUUACAACAGUGAUCCUUUGAAGCAGUUUAUCAACAUGUUAGCAUGCUAGCUUUAUACUGCUAGCAUGCUAGCAUUAGCAAUGCUAAACACGGAUGAUUUUAGUGCCAAUUUCUGGGAAAUGUAGUUUGUUUACCAGGAGACGUGUUGAUGAUAACAGGAAAUAAUAAACUUUUACUUUUGCAUCACGAAGGCUGGAAGUCACCAUACAAAAAUAACCUCAAAAUACAGUUAUGAUUUCUGAUUAAAAGUUGUAAUAAUUUAAAGAGAAUAAAUCAGCUGCAGGUCUUUUGGUUACAUAAUAUAUUGACUAUUAAAAAUGUUUAUAAUAUAAUUCCACAUUUUGUUGAAAUGCGUCUUUCACAUUAAAAUGACUUAAAAU